AUGUAUAGGAAAAAAUACUCAGAUUACGUAUUUAUUAACGACACACAGGAAGAGAUGCAGUCGUUCUGUUACAGUUCAAAUGACCAAAAGAGAGCUCGGGUGAAGCUUGAACCUGAGCAGAUUGGGAUUCUUGAGACGUCUUUUCGAAGUGAUUCAAAACCGUCUGCAAAAACGAAGAAGCUGCUUGCUGAUCAGCUUGGACUGCCCCUGAAGAACGUGCAAGUCUGGUUUCAGAACCGGAGGGCGAAGCAGAAGAACGAUGCGCAGCGAGUGAAGCUGUAUCAGCGUCUUGGCAGAGCUGAAGACCAGCAUGCUCCACAACCAGCACGGAGCAAGCCCAAGGUGUUUCUGGACUCCCUGAAUCCAGCAGAACCAUUUUACAUGAACCAGCAGGACGAUCAGUUUGGUGAUCUGGUGGUUUCUCCAUUUGCAUUUGACCACGACCACAGCAGUGAUCAAUCCAACGAUUUCAUGAUGAGCAGACCUUACAGGUAG